AUGCAACCUACAAAGCGGAUUUAUAAAAAGCGUAAAGUCACUGUUCCGCCUGGAAGAAAUUUAAAAAAUCAUUUGAUAACACAGCACCGCGUUACGAAUGAAGCCGUAAACGAACUCUUGGCGCAUUACUACCCAGAAGGUGUAUUGGAAACAGAAGGUUAUUCGGACAUUGAUAUCCCAGACAACUCAGAACUGUAUGGCGAUUCUAGAAAUGGAAGUCCCAGUGCCAGUAGUGACGAUGAUGACAAUCAACAUACAGCCGAUGAAGAAGAACUCGACGAAAUGUAUCAGACAUUGCAAGAUCAAAUGUCUUUUGCUGUUAAUACUUCAACGUCCGAUGUUGAGGUCGAAGUUGAUCAAAUUACUACAAGUAACAUUUGGGAUAGAUAUGCUUCUAGCACCCAUCCCUUUUGUAAUCUAAAAACAAUGAUUCUUCAUGUUCUGGAAAAAGCUGAUGACGACGGUGUAUCUUUUACGCUGCCCAAGUUAGAUAACAUCUUAAACUAUCAAUGUCGACAAAAAACCAAAAUGCCAAUUUUUCCAUCCAAGCUGGUGGAUCUUUCAUUAGACAAUAAUGAAUCAGUCACAGCUUGUCUGAAUCUACCAUCAGAACAUGUUAGACUUUUAAUGGCCAACCCAAAGCAGUCAUCAUUGAUUUCUUCAGUACCUGAUCGUAGCGAUGAUAUGUUAGACCGAUUGGAACAAGGGGAAAAAUGGAGGACUCACGAUUAUUUCCAGCAACCUAUGUGGACAGUGAGGGGAGUUGAUUAUUGGAAAGGUGACUGGGUACGCCCAUUAGACAAGCCAAUGAAUGUCAACUUCUUGAUAAAGUCUUUUCAUAGCUGCAAUAAAAAGAUGUAUGCAAGGGGGCAUUUAACCCUACAAGCACACGACAGUCAAAAGAUUGGUGUCGAACUCAAUGAAACCGAUUUGAUCGUAACGGAUAUUUUGAAUAAGCUUCCUUGUCGUUUGAAUCCUUAUCUAUGCUGCAGUAUCAGUCCAACAGCGGUAUACCCUUUGACUAAUGAACAUGCUAUUUUAAUCCAAGGUGUAAAUCAAUGGAAGAAACGCAAACCCCAAUGUACAGAAGAGUUUUAUAAAGUAAAAAUAGCUCCUGUUAUUAUCUUUACAGAUGAUACCUCUGGAAAUACAUCUAAACAGUUCAAUGGGUAUGAAAGCUGGUCAAUGAAAUUCGCUGCACUGGAUUUUGAAGAAAGAUCCUCAAAUGGCAAUAUUCAUUUUAUAUCUGCUAUUCCUAAAAAAAACGGUGUGAGCGGCAUUUCUUUGUUACCAGUUAUUGUUGACGACUUGAAAUCACUAGAAAGCGGGAUGAUUAUGUAUUCGGCUGAAGAAGACGAAAACAUUGUUGUCGUAGCCCCAGUCCUUUGGAUCGAAGCCGACACACCUUGCCAUUCCGAGUUAUGCGGACUUUUAUCACCUACUUGCUUGUAUCCCUGCCGAAAGUGCUAUAUUCUUCUUAGAAAAGGUAUCGCAAGUCAAAAGGGUGUAGAUUAUUUUGUCUUGCCACACGCUGAAAGAAAUCGUGGCCAUUAUGUCGUGGCCUCAUCGGAUUGUAGAAGAUUAUCUAUUAUACAGAAUGCACCUACCACUGGGACGAGUCUCUCUGCUAAAGACCUAUGCUACAAAGAUAGGAAAAAAGACAGACCGCUUGAAUUACAAUCCUAUGAUCGAUCAAAAGAUACUACUGUCGAAGUUCUUCAUGCCAUUUUACUUGGCAUUAGUAAAUAUAUGAUAGUCGAUCUUGUAAAAAUAGUUUUAAAAAAUCGCUCUGCUAUUCUAGAUAGGCUCUCAGAUAAACUUAAACAAUACCAAGAAGAAUGUGUUGGAUUAUCUCGAAAAUUCACAAGACAGUUGCGACAUUGUGGUUCUUUUUUGGGUAGAGAUUUCAAAAUCCUAAUCCAAAUUCUUCCUAUUGUACUUUUGUCGGAUUUUUCUAACGAGGAAAUAUUAAAGAAUAUUACGGUUCUGUUUGUUCAUAUCGGAAAACUAUGUUCUUUGCUCUUCGAACGAGAAAUGAAAAGUAACUUUAACGAGUAUAUAGCAACAGUGGGUAGAGCAAUUAAGGAGUUUAUAAGUGCACUUCACUAUUACGACUUAAAUAAUGAUAUUCCUGGUCAUAAUGCUUAUACUGGAAAGGUGAAGAUUCAUCUUCUUACCCAUGUUCCUCAAGAGAUCCGUCGAUUUGGAACAGUAUUACAAUACGGGACCGAAAAGGGAGAACAAUUCAACAAGCAUAUUAGGGAGCAUAUAACAUUUACCAAUAAGCUUAAUCCUUCUCGGGAUAUCGGGUUAAAGUUUGGUAAACAGUCUAUGAUGCGUCAUGUUCUUGAAGGUGGUUCAUGGUUGAAUGAAAACAAAAUUAGAGAAAAGGCAGGAGACGAUGUAAUCUCAUUUAUUCAACCCAAUGAAGAUAGAGUAUAUUUGGAUCUUUUGGGUGGCUCCAGAGACUUUAUCGAUAACACCGACCCUAGUUACAAAAAGAUUGGCGAAGGCUCUUUUGCUUUAUUCAGAAAUACCAAUAAUGACAAUAGUUCUUUACAAGUUAAUCAACAGAAACCUUUCGUUGGCGUAGUAUGUGGGCCAAACGUGUUAUCUGGCGAAUGUUCUUGUAACAAUUUCGAAAGAGGUUGCAUCCCUUUGAACUUUAGUCAAGACCAAGUGUUAGUUCCACUGAAUCAACUAGAAGUUGAGACAGUAUUGAACGUAUAUAGUCGAAGUGAUGGAACAUAA